AUGAAUCGCUUCAUGAAUUUCCUGGCCAAGCCAGGAGCAAAGGGCGAGAUCCAAGGCGUGGCUCCAACUCAAUUCAUCGAGAAAGACGGCCUUGCGAUUGACGAGCCUAACGCCACUGGCUACGUACCGAAAAGCAAACCCCGAAUGCUAGAUCGGUGGCUAGAUUUCGUCGUUCGGAUGUCUGGCUCAGAGCCAGUCUUCUUCUUCAUCCUCGCGGGUCUCCUCGCCUGGGCUUUGCUUGGCAUAAAGUACGGGACCAGCGACCUCUGGCAAGUUCUGAUCUCCGACAUUCAGGCAAUCGUCAGCUAUGUGUUUGACUCCUUCCUUGUCAGACAGCAGCUCAACGCAUACGACGAGGAAAUGACUGUGGCCGCCGAGCUGCAGUCGCGCAUCCUCAGCCACCGCAGGAUGCUGGAGAGACUGGACCUAGAAACAGACAGGAAGGAUCCAGAGAAGCAAGCCCGUCUGACAAUGAUCGUGGCUCAGUACCGGAACGCUCCCGAAUUCAGCGCAGAGCUCCCUACCGAAGGGCGUUUUGGGCGGACCGUCACUUGGUUCUCUCAUGUACUGGGUCAUCUCGGCACAGUCACUCUAUACUGGGUUGGCGUCUUCGUCUGGAUUGGCCUCGGACACCUGGACGGAUACAGCAACGAGUGGCAGCUGUACAUGAACUCGGCGUCUUCGGCGUUGAUGGUGUUUGUCUUCGCAUUCCUGGCUAACAUCCGCGAGCGACACUCCGCCUACACCCUUAGUUGUCUGAAUGCAAUCUUUAAGGUUGACGCAACGCUUGAAUAUCGCCUCCGGCUCCUCACUGGUGAUAACAUUGAAAACGACGUGGUUAUCCUCCCAGCGCCCAAGGUUAGCGGAGUUCAACGUGCCAUCUUCUACUAUGCGGAUUUCGUCGGGACUCUGGUCGGCAUUACCAUCCUCCUCGUCAUGAUGAUCGUCUGGGUGGCGAUAGGGCCUCUGCUACACUUCAACGCCAACUGGUGGCUGAUCAUUGGCACUUAUGCUGGUCUCAUUGGUAUGAAUGAUGGCUUUGUCCUCCGAAACAUGCAAGCUCGCCUCCGAGGUUUUGCCGAUCUGGAGUUUGGAAAGGUCGAGGCGGAAGAGAACAAACUGUUUGCGAGUAUCCGUCAACCCAUGCCGGUCAAGGAGGUCACUGGACAGAAAAGUCUGACGCACCGCGUCUCCGAUGCGAUGAAUCGGGUUUGCGCACAUGAGAUCACUGUUGUGGCCGGCUUCCUCGUCAUUGUGUGUCUUAUUGCAGGAGCAAGUGCGAUGAAAUGGACGAUGACGGGCCAGUUGCUGUGCAAUGUCCCACCGAGUUUGAUCGAGUCAUUCUUCAUGAUCAUCUUGAUCACAGGUCACAACUCGGCUGACGAUAGCAAGCGAGUGGAGCUGCGGAAUCUCUAUGAGAGGCGUCUGAAUCUUUUGGCUUUUGUCAAUGGUGUGCAGACUCUUCGAGAUGAGAUGAACGAGCCGGAGAAGGACUAG